ACGGGUGGCUUUAAGUGUCCGCAGUCUCGUCCAAUGGAGCAGCGCUGGGGCGGGGCCGUGGCUCGGGUUUAAUGAGACUCCAUUGGGCUGUAAUCAGUGUCAUGUCGGAUUCAUGUCAACGACAACAACAGGGGGACACAAAAUGGCGGCGGCUUAGCUCCUACCCCUGGCGGCGGCGGCAGCGGUGGCGGAGGCGGCGGUACCUCCUCCAGGCGGCAGCUGCGGUUUCUUUCUCAGGCAGCGGCAGCGCCCCCGGCAGGCGUGGUGGUGGUGGCGCGCGUCCAGAUUGGCCUGAAGACCUGGACAAUCUUCAUUUUUGUUAUGGACUGUUUUUAAAGUGUGUGGAGUUCGAGUUCCGGUCUCCCAGUUAAAGAUGUUCUUCACUUGAAUGCAAUCUGUCCUGUUGGUAAAAUAAGAGAGCUAUCAACAUUGCCUUUUUGUCCUCUUUUAAAUAUCUUAAAGAUGGAUGUUUGUAAGAUGUUCCUUAAUGUGGUCUGCCUAUUUGUUGAAUUGUAACUGACUUUCAAGUUCUGUUAAAUACAAAGAAAACCUCUAUGGGUAACUUUUGUGUUGAAGUCACUUGUCAACCAUGGUAAAACUUGCAAACCCACUUUAUACAGAGUGGAUUCUUGAAGCUAUACAGAAAAUAAAAAAGCAAAAGCAAAGGCCUUCUGAAGAGAGAAUCUGCCAUGCAGUCAGCACAUCCCAUGGGUUGGAUAAGAAGACAGUCUCUGAACAGCUGGAACUCAGUGUUCAGGAUGGCUCAGUUCUCAAAGUCACCAAUAAAGGCCUUGCUUCAUACAAGGACCCAGACAACCCUGGGCGGUUUUCAUCAGUUAAACCAGGCACUUUUCCUAAGUCAACCAAGGGGUCUAGAGGAUCAUGUAAUGAUCUCCGCAAUGUAGAUUGGAAUAAACUUUUAAGGAGAGCAAUUGAAGGACUGGAGGAGCCAAAUGGCUCCUCCUUGAAGAACAUAGAGAAGUAUCUGAGGAGCCAAAAUGAUCUCACAAGUACCACCAACAACCCAGCCUUUCAGCAGCGGCUGCGACUGGGGGCCAAACGUGCCGUGAACAAUGGGAGAUUGCUGAAAGAUGGACCACAGUACAGGGUCAAUUAUGGGAGCCUAGAUGGCAAAGGAGCACUCCAGUAUCCCAGUGCUUUCCCGUCCUCACUCCCACCUGUCAGCCUUUUACCCCAUGAGAAAGACCAGCCCCGUGCAGAUCCCAUUCCAAUAUGUAGCUUCUGUUUGGGGACUAAAGAAUCAAAUCGUGAAAAGAAACCAGAAGAACUCCUGUCUUGUGCAGAUUGUGGCAGUAGUGGACAUCCAUCCUGUUUGAAGUUUUGUCCUGAGCUAACAACAAACGUGAAAGCCUUAAGGUGGCAGUGCAUUGAAUGCAAGACAUGCAGUGCGUGUAGAAUCCAGGGCAAAAAUGCGGAUAAUAUGCUUUUUUGUGACUCUUGUGAUAGAGGAUUCCAUAUGGAGUGCUGUGACCCACCACUUUCCAGAAUGCCAAAAGGGAUGUGGAUUUGCCAAGUCUGCAGACCAAAGAAAAAGGGAAGAAAACUACUUCAUGAGAAAGCUGCACAAAUAAAACGACGUUAUGCAAAACCCAUUGGACGACCGAAAAAUAAAUUAAAGCAACGAUUGUUGUCUGUAACCAGUGAUGAAGGAUCCAUGAAUGCAUUCACAGGAAGGGGGUCACCUGAUACUGAAAUUAAAAUAAGCAUCAAACAAGAAAGUACAGAUGUAAAUGUGAUUGGAAACAAGGACGUCGUUACUGAAGAGGAUUUGGAUGUUUUUAAGCAAGCCCAGGAACUGUCUUGGGAGAAAAUUGAGUGUGAAAGUGGAGUGGAAGACUGUGGUCGGUACCCUUCUGUAAUAGAAUUUGGGAAAUACGAAAUCCAAACCUGGUACUCCUCGCCUUACCCACAGGAAUAUGCAAGAUUACCAAAGCUUUACCUGUGUGAAUUCUGUCUUAAAUAUAUGAGAAGUAAAAAUAUUUUGCUAAGACACUCAAAGAAGUGUGGAUGGUUUCAUCCUCCAGCAAAUGAAAUUUACCGAAGGAAAGACCUUUCAGUAUUCGAGGUUGAUGGGAAUAUGAGCAAAAUUUAUUGCCAAAACCUUUGCUUGUUAGCCAAGCUCUUCCUGGACCACAAAACAUUGUAUUAUGAUGUCGAGCCAUUCCUUUUUUAUGUCCUUACAAAAAAUGAUGAAAAAGGCUGUCAUCUGGUUGGAUACUUCUCUAAGGAAAAGCUUUGCCAGCAGAAGUAUAAUGUCUCCUGCAUAAUGAUCAUGCCCCAGCACCAAAGGCAAGGAUUUGGACGGUUUCUCAUUGAUUUCAGCUAUUUGCUUUCUAGAAGAGAAGGCCAGGCAGGGUCUCCUGAAAAGCCACUCUCUGAUCUGGGCCGUCUCUCCUACCUGGCCUAUUGGAAGAGCGUCAUCUUAGAAUACCUCUAUCACCAUCAUGAGAGGCAUAUUAGCAUCAAGUCAAUUAGCAGAGCCACAGGCAUGUGCCCACAUGACAUCGCAACCACUCUGCAACACCUCCACAUGAUUGACAAGAGGGAUGGCAGGUUUGUAAUCAUUCGAAGGGAAAAGUUGAUACUGGACCACAUGGAAAAGCUGAAAACCUGUUCCCGAGCCAAUGAACUUGAUCCAGAUAGUCUGAGGUGGACCCCAAUUUUAAUUUCUAAUGCUGCAGUUUCUGAAGAAGAGCGGGAAGCUGAAAAGGAGGCUGAGCGACUAAUGGAACAAGCUAGCUGCUGGGAAAAGGAAGAACAAGAAAUUGUGUCAUCUAGAGCCAACAGUAGGCAAUCACCUGCAAAAGUACAAUCGAAAAAUAAAUACUUGAAUUCCCCGGAGAACCGGCCAGUAGCAGGGGAUCGAGGGCAGCUGAUGGAGUUAUCUAAAGAGAGCAGUGAGGAAGAGGAAGAAGAAGAGGAAGAAGAGGAAGAUGACGAGGAGGACGACGACGAAGAAGAGGAAGAAGAGGAGGAAGAAGAAAAUAUUCUAAGCUCUCCCCCACGAUUGACUAAACCACAGUCGGUUGUCAUAAAGAGAAAGAGGCCUUUUGUACUAAAGAAGAAAAGAGGUCGUAAACGCAGGAGGAUCAACAGCAGUGUAACAACCGAGACCAUUUCUGAAACAACAGAAGUACUAAAUGAGCCCUUUGACAACUCAGAUGAGGAGAGGCCAAUGCCACAGCUGGAGCCUACCUGUGAGAUUGAUGUAGAGGAGGAUGGCAGGAGGCCAGUCCUGAGAAAAGCAUUCCAACAUCAGCCUGGGAAGAAAAGACAAACAGAAGAAGAGGAAAGAAAAGACAAUCAUUGUUUUAAGAAUGCUGACCCUUAUAGAAACAAUAUGGAUGAUACUGCAAAUAACUUGAAAGAAGGCAGCAAAGACAAUCCUGAACCUCUAAAGUGCAAACAAGUAUGGCCAAAAGGAACAAAGCGUGGUCUCUCUAAGUGGAGGCAAAACAAAGAGAGGAAGACUGGAUUUAAACUGAAUUUAUACACCCCGCCAGAAACUCCCAUGGAGCCUGAUGACCCAGGAACAGUGGAGGAACAGAAGGAGAUUUCAGAAGACAAAAUCAGUUCUACUCCCGUGGAGACUGAGCAGGAGGUGAAGGAGACUGUGGAACCCCUGCUGCCUCGGGAUGCAAGCCGAAGGGAGGAAACAAAUGAGCCAGAAAGUCCAAAUAAAUCACCAGGUGAAAAGGAGGAGGAAGAUCUUCUCAAACCUGAGGAGGAGGAGGAGGAGGAGGAACAAGAGGAGGAGGAGGAGGAAGAGGAGGAGGAGGAGGAGGAGGAAGGAGGAGGAGGAACUGUAGAAAAAGACCAGGAUGGUGCUAAAAGUGAAGAAAAAGAGGAACCAGAGAUUUCCACAGACAAAGAAGACCCUGUGCACUUGGAUGAUCAUGAAGAGGAGGAGGAGGAAGAUGAAGAACCAUCUCACAAUGAGGAUCACGAUGCAGAUGAUGAAGAUGACAGUCACAUGGAAUCUGCAGGAGUGGACAAGGAAGAUCUCCCAAGAGAAGCCUUCAAAGAAGUGCUGGAAAACCAGGAGGCUUUUUUAGACCUUAGUGUUCAGCCUAGUCAUUCGAGCCCAGAGGUCUUGAUGGACUGUGGCGUUGACAUUGCAGCUUCAUGUAACAGUGAGCCAAAGGAGCUUGCCCCGAACACUGAAAAUGCAGCCGAGUCUGAUGAGGAGCCUCCAGAGGAACAGGCCCAGAAGCAAGACCAAAAGAACAGUGACAAUGCAGAAUCUGAGUUCAAGGAGGGAAACACAGCCACCACAGAAAUUGACUCAGAGACCGUGCAGGCAGUUCAGUCUCUGACCCAGGAAAACAGGGAACAGGAUGACACCUUUCAGGAUUGUGCAGAGACUCAAGAGGCCUGUAGAAGCCUACAGAACUACACUCAUGCAGACCAAAGUCCACAAAUCGCCACCCAGCUGGAUGAUUGCCAACAAUCAGACCAUAGCAGCCCAGUUUCAUCUGUCCAUUCCCAUCCUGGCCAGUCAGUCCGUUCUGUCAGCAGCCCCAGUGUCCCUGCCCUGGAGAGCAGCUAUGCCCAAAUCAGCCCAGAUCAGAGUGCCAUCUCAGUGCCAUCUUUGCAGAACAUGGAAACCAGCCCAAUGAUGGAUGUUCCAUCAGUUUCAGAUCACUCACAACAAGUGGUAGACAGUGGAUUUAGUGACCUGGGCAGUAUUGAGAGUACAACAGAGAACUACGAAAACCCAAGCAGCUAUGAUUCUACUAUGGGUGGCAGCAUUUGUGGAAAUGGCUCUUCACAGAACAGCUGCUCCUAUAGCAACCUCACCUCUAGCAAUCUUACACAGAGCAGCUGUGCCGUCACCCAGCAGAUGUCCAACAUGAGUGGGAGCUGCAGCAUGCUGCAGCAGACAAGCAUCAGCUCUCCCCCAACCUGCAGUGUCAAGUCUCCCCAAGGCUGUGUGGUAGAGAGGCCUCCCAGCAGCAGCCAGCAGCUGGCUCAGUGCAGCAUGGCUGCUAACUUCACCCCGCCCAUGCAGCUGGCCGACAUCCCCGAGGCGGGCAAUGCCAACAUUGGCUUAUAUGAGCGAAUGGGUCAAAGUGAUUUUGGGGCCGGGCACUACCCACAGCCAUCCGCCACCUUCAGCCUUGCCAAACUGCAGCAGUUAACUAAUACACUUAUUGAUCAUUCAUUGCCUUACAGCCAUUCCGCUGCUGUGACUUCCUAUGCAAACAGUGCCUCUUUGUCCACACCAUUAAGUAACACAGGGCUUGUUCAGCUUUCUCAGUCUCCACACUCUGUCCCAGGUGGACCUCAAGCACAAGCUACCAUGACCCCACCCCCUAACCUGACUCCUCCUCCAAUGAAUCUGCCACCGCCUCUUUUGCAGCGGAACAUGGCUGCAUCAAAUCUUGGCAUCUCCCACAGCCAAAGACUGCAAACCCAGAUUGCCAGCAAGGGCCAUGUCUCCAUGAGAACCAAGUCGGCAUCUCUGUCACCAGCAGCUGCCACCCAUCAGUCACAGAUCUAUGGGCGCUCCCAGACGGUAGCCAUGCAGGGUCCUGCACGGACUUUAACAAUGCAAAGAGGCAUGAACAUGAGUGUGAACCUGAUGCCAGCCCCAGCCUACAAUGUCAAUUCUGUGAACGUGAACAUGAAUACCCUCAAUGCCAUGAAUGGGUACAGCAUGUCCCAGCCCAUGAUGAACAGUGGCUACCACAGCAACCACGGCUACAUGAACCAAACGCCCCAGUACCCUAUGCAGAUGCAAAUGGGCAUGAUGGGAACCCAGCCAUACGCCCAGCAGCCAAUGCAGACCCCACCCCACAGUAACAUGAUGUAUACAGCCCCCAGCCAUCACGGCUACAUGAACACGGGCAUGUCCAAGCAAUCUCUCAAUGGGUCCUACAUGAGAAGGUAGACAUCUUAGGCAGUCCGCCAAACCCACUGGGCGUCACUAUUGGACUGAUCUGCACAAAUACCUUUGAAGAGUACGAUUUCAAAACCAGCAAUUGGUGUGAAUGCAAAAACAUUUGUUGGCACCAUUUAUUUAAAAAAAAAAAAAGCUGUAUGCAGCAGAAAGCCUUAUAAAAGUUGUUUUUCUUUUUUUUUUUCCUCUCUCUCUUUCCUUUUCUUUUUUGGUACCUUUGUUUCUGUUACUUUUAUAUAAAAUUCUCUGCAAAAGAAGGCCUCUCCUUGGACUACAAGUUGGAGCAGCCACUUGUGCCUGCCCCGAUUAAACAAUAUGGAUAUCAAGCCCCAAAUUAUCUGUUUUAAUAUUGAGCCUAGAGCUUUUGUUUUUCUCUCCCUGUCCACUCCAUGUAAAUGCCUUUAGCAUUUCAGUUAUUGUAUAUUUUGUUUAAGGAGACACUUCAGCAUGCCGCUAAUGUCUUUGUUAGUGACAGUGCAUUUUGUAGUACUGUACAAGUGUUGUGCUAACAGUAAGCCAUUUCUUAAGUUUUUUGCCUUGAUUAGGGUGCCCUAAUUUGAGGGUUUUAAAAAAAACUAUAUUUUUGUUAAUUAUAAAACUGUAAAGAGCUAUAAAAGCUGUUCCCAUUUGGUUAGUCAAAAGGGUUUAUUGCUAAAUAUUUGGUGUAACGUUGAGACCCUUUUCCAUUUUGGUGACAGAUUUCUUUGGGAAAAAGGCAGCUUUCUGUUUUAUAAAUGCAGACUUCUGUUUAUUGAAUGAAGCAUAUCUCAGUGUUUAUCUGUCAGGUUUUGAAACAUUUCAUAUAUGUCCAAAUACUUGGCAGGAUUUAAAAAAAUAGUGAAUUUGGUGUAAAGUUGCUAUUUUAUGGAAAUGCCUCUAACUUUACAUUUUCAUUCCAUCUGUAGAUUUUUCUAUCUUUAUAAAAUAUUGGAGUUAUUUUUUAAGGAAAAAUAGAGAAGUAGCUUGUGAAUAGCUCAACUAAGCUUACAAAUCGCAUGUACAAAAGCAAAAAAAGUUAUUUGUGUCUGUUUAUAUUGCUUCCUUUUUGUAGCCUUUGUACCUGUACAGGGUGACAGUAAGGGCCAAGCAGGAGAGGCGUAAUCCUUGUAUAAAAUAGGAGCCAGCGACACUCUUGUAUUUAUCUGUUCUCUUUUUAGUCAGUUACUUCAAAAAAAAAAAAAACCAACAAAAACAAAAAAAAGCUGUACAUUUUAACAUAAAAUAAAUUAUGAUGAGCCAUUUUUAGCCUCUGUGUCCUGUCAUAUUAUGAUUGAUAGAGAAUGACCAAUCGAACUGUAUCAUGUGUGUCACAUCUCAGAACACAUACACAUUUGGGGAAAAUAAAUUUAGUGUAAAUUGGACUUACAAGGUUUUCUGAUUUGUUUCUGACUUUGGGGAAGGGGUUGGCAAUAAUUAAGAGUAAUAUCUAAUAAACCAUCACAUAUACCAAAUACCUAUUUAAUAAAUUAAUUUAUAAUGGAUUUUAAUGCUUUUCAUGAAAGUUUAUUUUAUGCUAGUGCAUACUUUCUGUAUGCCAAUCAUUGUCUUUAAAAUAAAGCGAUUUUUUUUCUUUUU